GUUUCGGUUCGACCUAGCUGAUAUUGAGAGCUUGGAAGGGAUCACCAGUGAGAGGCCUGUGGGAACAUCACAGCACCGGCGUGGAGCAGAGGGAUCUUCCCCAGCAUCUCCAUCCCUACAGUUGGCUCAGAGUGUCCCCACAUGUCCCCAGCAUGGCAGUGAGCCUGCCCCACUGGGCUGCAGAGGGGAGCAGACAUCGCCACCAAGGCCAGCCCCACCAGGGACACCGAGUGGCACCAAAGAGGGACAUCUGGAGUGGCCCUGUCCCCAUUGCCAGAGGAGGAGUGACAGUUCUACGGCAAUAGCUCCUUCAUGGGCUCAGGAGGCUGAGGCUGCUCCUUGCCCCUUGGGAGCAGGAAGGGUUGUCACAGAGGAAAACCAGAUGGACCCUGCAGCCCCAUGGGCAAGUGCCACCUUGUCUCCAAGGCCAGGCUGCACAGUCAUCCAUGCUAGCUGGAUGUGCGUCACCCCUGAUCUGUCAGAGGGGCUGGGAACCGAAGGAGACUCUGGCUUUGGCUCUGGCUCCUGGGGGACCUCACCCCAGAUGAAGGCAGGGUCCCAGUGGUGCCCUCCACGUUCCCCAGGCAAGCCCCCGGACCUCUGUGGAGCAUGUUCCCCUUGGUCAGACAAGCCGAGACCUGGAGGCAGACGGGGUCAAUGGAGCAGGGGACGGUCCCGUGCAUGUGACCCAAGUGACACUGGGUGGAAGGAGGAUGAAGUGCCACGGCUGCAGGCUCCAGUGUCGGGGGGCCUGUCGCCCCUCUGUCCCAGCUGGGCAGAGACACGCUCCCGUGAGGCUGUGGACUCGUUCGAGAUGGAAGAGCCCCUGUCCUGGUACAGCUCCUCACCGAGCCCUGGUGUGUCUCACCUGAAGGUGCUGAGUGCCAGCGAGGAUGACAGUGACGCCCACGAGGAAGCAGGUUGUUCCCUCACUCCUUCCAUGAGGAUCCGGAGAAGUUUUAUGCUGCAUGCCAACAGCGGCCGGUCCGACAGCAGUGGUUUCGUGGAGGAGCUGGUGCCCAGCCAGCUGCCCGUAGCCCAGCUCCACGGCACGUCCUGCCCUCCGCUCCCCGAGUCGGCAGCGGAUCCGCGUGGGACAGACUGGAUGCUGUAAGGCCAAGGUGCCCCUUCGGACUCAGAUGGCACUGGCCCCAACUCCAGCACCACUAGGAGCCAUAGAUGGGUCUGAUCCUGCUGCAAGAAGGAUCCUAUCACUGCAUUUCAAACACAGAGACGAUCCCUACGAGGCAGGCAGCCAGGGGCUGAACACAGUGUAUACACGUGUGUGUGUGUGUGUGCGCAUGUGUGUGUGUACGCACGUGUGUGUGUGUGUGUAGAUGCACCUUUUUAUGUGUCUGACACAGACCUUUUGACUCAGGACUUUUGCUCAAAUGGCACAAGCAUCCCUCCUCCUCCCAGCCUGCCAGAUGGCACAGGGCCACGGCUCCGUGGGUGCCGAGGUGGGACAGGGCGCCUUGGCCGAGGCUGGCAUUGCCUUCAGCUGGCACAGCUGUGGCAUGUCCUUGGCAGGAGAGGAAAGGAGUGGGGAUGUCUCCCCUGCCCUGUUUUUCAGGGCCUCACUAGCACUUUGGAAACAGUUUGUUACACAUGCUGUACCGCUUGUAACACU